GACCUGGAAAACAUGCACUGUGUGGGGUACUGAGGACCGAGUUUGCAGACCUAUACUGUAUAGGCUUUUUGCUUCAGAUGUAGAGUCUGCCCACCUUUAAAAUCAUGGCUCUGACGGCCCUCCAGGGCACAGGUUAUCAAUUGCGCCGGAUCCUGACCUAUUUCCCAGAGGAUAUCAGCCUUGCCUUCGCCUAUGGAUCUGGGGUGUUCAAACAGUCCAGCGCUCCCCAGGCUAGUGCUAAAAACAACAUGCUGGACUUUGUGUUUGCGGUUGAUGAUCCGGUCAUGUGGCAUACCAUGAAUCUGAUGCAGAACCGGAGUCACUACGCUUUCAUGAAAUACCUGGGCCCAAAACAAAUUAGUAAUGUGCAGAAUAAGUAUGGUGCUGGGGUUUAUUAUAACACCCUGGUUCCAUGUGAUGGGAAGGUAAUAAAGUAUGGGGUUAUAAGCACUGAUACUCUCAUCGAAGAUUUGACCCACUGGAGAACGUUGUACAUCGCUGGCCGCCUACACAAACCAGUGAAAAUUCUAGUGCAGAAAGAGAACAAGCUGCUCCAUAUGGCAUUGGCCUCCAACCUGAAGAGCGCAGUAGUCGCUUCUUUCCUGAUGUUACCUGAAAGCUUCUCUGAGGAAGUUCUCUACCUGCAGAUUGCUGGCCUCUCAUACUCAGGUGACUUCCGGAUGAUAGUUGGUGAAGAUAAAUCCAAGGUGAUGAAUAUCGUCAAGCCAAGCAUUGGCCAUUUCCAGAAGCUGUACAGUGGCAUAUUACAGGAGUGUAGUCAGGCUGUGUAUAAACCUGCACAGGGCAAUGUAGAGGUAGAUAAGAGUCCAGAGGGUCAGUUUCUUCUGCUAAUGAGUUUACCAAAGACUUUACAGCAGAAAAUAACCGCUCUCGUGGACCAUCCUGGAAGGAAUAGGGAUGUGGAAGAGGUAUUAUUACAAGUGGCUCAGGAUCCAGACUGUGGGAGCGUGGUACAGCAAGCUAUCACUGGGAUAGUGAAAUCAUCCAGUUUGACUCAGAGCGCUAAAGGGAUAGUCACUGCUGGAGUUAAGAAAACGGUUUCGUAUAGUGCAAAGAAGCUCUACAAAAUGAUGAGGAGUCUGCGCCGAUCAGAACUGUGAUGCAUAUGAUUAUACUUGUAUAUGAUUAUUUAUAUUUGUACUUUUUAUGAAUUUAAUAUAAAGUGAACCACAGUUGUGAAAUUUUUUUUACAACUCUCCGCUAAUUGCAAUUAUUUAAAUAAACUUUCUCUGAUUUCA